AUGAACAAUAGCAGUUGUCACCAGGCCUUUAGCCACACAGCAACUCAAGAACAUCUAUCAGUCAUUUAUGAAGCCAUCAAAGGAGUGAAUAAGGUAUCUUGUGUGAAGUUUCGGGAAGCCACAAGUUCUGCAAAAGAUUUCGUUCGUAUACGAGGCAAACAGGAAGGAUGCUACACAAAUGCCUGGGGAAGGAAGGGCGGCGAGCAGUACGUCAAUUUACAGCCUGAACAUUGUUUGCACGUAGGCACUAUAUACCACGAGUUUUUUCACGUAAUUGGAUUUUUGCAUGAGCACAAUUCACCUAAACGUGAUGAUUUCAUUCGAGUAAUUUGGGAAAAUAUCGAAAAAGGUAAAAACUUUAGGUUUACAAAAUACAAUAAGACCAUUGCUGCAAAUUUCGGACUUCGAUAUGAUUAUGACAGCAUUUCUCACUUUAGCAGGAGAGCAUAUUCGAAGAAUGGAAGAGAUACUAUUGAGACACACGCAGUGGCCUGCUACGUACGCCGGCUGCCGGCCGCGGCGCCACGCUGCCCGCAGCACCGCCACGCUGCCCGCAGCACCGCCACGCUGCCCGCAGCACCGCCACGCUGCCCGCAGCACCGCCACGCUGCCCGCAGCACCGCCACAUAA